UAGCAGUCGUGGCUAGUGCCGCUGCGCCGGCGGUAAUAAUUGAUAACAAUUGGAGUACAGCGAUUGGUGGUUUACAGUACCUAUCACUACGCCUUGCAUUAUCAACCGUUUUUAGCACGAGUUAAGUCAUUAUUCAUUAGGUAGUCAAUGUCGUAUUAUAAUAGUUAAUAUUUAUACUUUAAUUCGUGUUCUUCGCUGGAGUAUGAACGGUGUCUAUUAAUGGAAAACAAUUAAUCCGAACAUCAUCGAUGGAUCAUUUCAUGAAUCAAUCCUCAAAAGUGGAAAUAGUCAACUCAAACAAUAAUCAUGUGCCUGAUGUUCAAUUAAAUGCACCGUCCAAUAACCAAUUAGAAGUUUUACCAACGAAUCAAAUAAUACCAAGUGUCCUCGGGCAACAAAUGUUUGUUCAUCCUACUGUACAAGAUUCAAAUCAAUUAUUUCUAUAUGGAUCACAGAAUAAUCAACAAAUGCAACUAUUACAAUUACCCGUAUCAGCACAACCACAGUUGAUUCAAUUACCUGAUGGGCAAACAUUUAUUUAUCAACCAAUGCAAGUUGGUAACACACAAGUUAUUGCUCAGCCACAGCAACCAAUACCAUUGUUAAUUAAUAUAAAUGGAAAUAUAAUGCAGUUGGAUAGUACAAUAAGUAAUGCUCCUCCAAUAUUAAUUGAUUCACCAGUCACUACUUCUAUUGUAGAGCAAGUUCCUCAACAAAAUAGUUUAAUGAUACCUUCAACAUCAGGGCAACUUGAAGAAGAACCCUUAUAUGUUAAUGCUAAACAGUAUAAGAGGAUAAUGAUAAGAAGGCAAGCUAGAGCCAAAUUAGAAGCUGAAGGAAGAAUACCAAAAAAUCGACUAAAAUAUUUGUAUGAAUCUCGUCAUAGACAUGCAAUGAAUCGAAUACGAGGAGAUGGAGGUCGUUUUCAUUCAGGAUCAUUGCAGAGAAUGAAUACGUCAGCCAUUGAAGUUAAUACAAAAAAAAAAAAAGUACAAAAGUCCAAUAAUCAAGCAAUCUUACUCUCUGGCUGUUAAUCCUGUUAAUUAUACAAUUAAUAGCAUAUAAAAUGGACAAAUACAUAACCAUCUGAUUUAUAGUAUAAAUAGUAUAGAAUUUUACAUAUUAUUUAUUAAAUUAAAUUAAAAUGUUGGACAACUAUUUUUUUAAAUAAGUAUUGAGAAUGUUUUAAGAGUAAAAUUGUUUUAAAUUAAUUUAUAAUCAAAAAAUUAUUGAAGUUUUUACUACAAGUUUUUAGCUUCCUUAAUAGUAAGUUAAUUCAAUUUUUAUUUUUAAAUUGUUACAAGUAUAAUAACAUUGGUUUUAAAUAUAAACUAUAAGUAGAGCGUGGAUCUCUACUAUAAGUAAAGAGUAAACCUAACCUUGCAUGUUUUUUUUGAUUUUUACAUUUUUGGAUUUUUGUCAGUAAUCUUUAAUUAUCUUUAAUAGUUUGAAAUUACUGGCAACAUUUUUGCUUGCAUAUUUAAUGGUUAUUGCAUAGUUUUAUGAAAUUUGAAAUGUAUUGCAUAAUGAAACAAAAUUUAAAAAAAUUCAAGGUAUUCCUGGGUUAAAGAGGCACUAGUUCAAAUAAACUACAUGAUCUUUCCAUUAAAAUUAUAUGAUAAAUUAAUAUAGUACUAUCAGGCAAAAACGUUCAACUUAAUGAUAUUUAUUAAGACCCAAUAAUACUCAGUUGCUUUGCUCCAAGUAUGCCCCAAUUGAAUAAUUGACAUCGAAGAUCAUUCUUAAUAUUUAAAAAUAUGUUAAUAUAUAAAUGUCACAACUUCACUGGAGAAAAACUGGAAAUGUACUAACUACUAAUAUGGUUAUUCAUUUUAUUAAUAAAUAAAAUGUAAAAGUAUAUUGAUUUAUUAUACCUUUUUUAUAAUAUUUAAAUAUAAGUUAUAAUAUUAAUGUUUUUAAUAUUGUAAAAAUUUGUGAUGAAAAUAAUUGAAAUUUUGUUAAACAUUUUCUGCGUAUUUGUGUAUUUUUACGAUUUUGACUGCAUAAUAGUAUCAGUAUUAGUGUACUGAUAUUUUUAAAUCGAUGAAAAUCCGCGCUCUGACUAAGCAAUAAUUUUGUGUACUUAUAUUGUUGUAAUACUAAUUUUUAAAUGUAAUAACUUGAGUACAAAAUAUUGAAUUAUGAAAACAUUUAAUAAUGUGUAAGAAAUCUUUAUUGAUAAAAUAUGUUUGUUAAUUGAUGCAUUUGAUAAUUAAAUAUGUAUAUCUUUAAAUUUUACUUAAAAAAAUAAGACUAACUCAUGAAGA